AUGAGUUGCGAGGCAAACCGGGGAUCACAUGAGCAGAGAUCUGUUUACAAACUGGAGCUGGGAGGCUGAGAAAGCGAGAAACACAGCAGAUAGAGAACACUCUGGGACAACGCUUGAGACACACAUAGAUAGAUAGAUAGAUAGAUAGAUAGAUAGAUAGAUAGAUAGAUAGAUAGAUAGAUAGAUAGAUAGAUAGAUAGAUAGAUAGAUAAUGCUCCACCCUACACCCAAUCGAGAGAGAGCAAGAAAUUGUGGAUGAACUGCUAUCAGUCAUUGUAGGUUUUUGUUUUUCCUCUUCAAGGACUGACAGAGCAGAUGGUUUGAGGUGGCAAGAAAAACACUCCCUCAUCCUGGCUGCAUAUACCGUAGUCAUACACGCAACCACACGCUUUCUCGGACUGAAGAUCGCUUUGUUUUGAUUUUCUUCGUUUUCUUCUUUUUGGGAGGGCCCUGCGUAAGGAAUACCUUGGACGAAUCAGCCAUUUUCAGACACGCACAAAGAAGAGGACUUUCCAAGAAGCAGAACGACAUCAGAUGGACGGGAUCUCACGGACAGGAGACCAUCCAGGAGCUGCCGGACAAAGACCAUUUCGCAGGAUAUGUCUUCAUAGAUAAAGCAUGGCCUCUUUUCAUUUUGUUUUCCUUCUCAGUUGGAAGGAUCACAAGGACUUUGUGUGAGAUAAGAAGACCAUGAAUAUCUCCAAGCUUAUGUGACUCUUUAACUUCAAAACAACUGUGUAUGAGAAAGAGAGAGACAGAGAACGUGGGCUGAGUUUUUCUUCAGUCUGUGUCACUUUAACACUCCAGUUGAGUCAUUCCCCAAAACACAGGAAACGAAUAUCAAGGACACGACAUGAUCCCUUUGUCUUUGUCUCUGUGGCCGCGCGCGUGCGAGAGAAAUCGUUGGUGUGGCGAUUAUCGACGAUAACAAACGAUGGCAACAAAAGACAAGUGAAUCAUCCGAGUCUAAUACAGUAAUCACUACAGAAAAGACAGGUCUUCUUUACGAGCUUCCGGAAAUCGGGAACCGAAAAAUCUUGGACAUUUAACACGAACAUACACCGAGUCCCAACAAUAUAUCGCGAAUUCGUAAAAGUAUCAGUUCCGGGUCAGAUUUACAUGCAGCCAUUCCAAUGGUGUAACGGUAAGAAGAUCCACAGCAAACCCUGCUGCCUUUGUGGAUUAGGACUGCAGCGUUCACACUGCGAUAUGUCGUCGGAGGAGCUGUACCAUUUGCCGCUCAACGUCUAUGUCAUCGUGCUGGGCAUUGGCUUGUUCAUAUUUAUGCUCAGCGUCAUCUUCUGUUGCUACCUGUUCAGGUUGAAGCAACAAGACACAAGACAGCAGUACAGCUACAAUGAGGUGGUGCUGAAAGGGGCAGGGAAGAAGCUGAGCCUUCUUGGACAACCCUGUGCUGUGUGUCUGGAGGAAUUUAAAGCCCGAGAUGAGCUGGGCAUGUGUCCAUGCUCACACACCUUCCAUAAGAAGUGCCUGUUGAAAUGGCUGGAGAUUCGCAGUGUUUGCCCCAUGUGCAACAAGCCCAUCAUGCGCCUGCACAACACACCCCGUGGAGCAGAGGGGCCACAAGACCCUGAGGAGGUGUGAGCCUUUAAAAAAUAAAUAAACAAACAAAUAAAUAAAUAAAUAUUAAAAAAAAAAAAAAAAAGGCACAAGCCCAAAGACGUUGGGCCACACCCAUGUUUAUCGUCUCCACAACUGCCAUACAAGAUGAGCACACAAGAUCUGACCACCACAACUGGAGGAGACGAAAUACAACCUUCAUAUGCACCAACCCCUGGAAGCCUCAUGGACUUGAGAAGUAGCACGUGAUUGGCAAAUAUUUUUGGUUCUUGCCAUUUAUUUGAGUUUGUGAUUAGACCAGUGUUCCUUAGCAAGGUGCGAGAAGUGCACUGCGGGUGAGA